UUCGCCAGCCCCUAGCAAUGCUGGAUACGUUUGAGAUCCUCACCACCUCGGGAGUGGUGCUAUGGUCGCGCGCAUACGUCCCCGUCGGUGCCAACAUCAUCAACAGUCUCAUUCGCGAUGUCUUCAUCGAAGAGCGGAUACAGCCUCAGUCGGAAGAUUCAAGCAGCAAACCCACAUAUCGAAAGGACGGUUACACAUUGAAGUGGACCUCAGAGAAGGAUCUCGGGUUGAUUUUCGUCGCCGUCUACCAGUCACUCGUCCACCUUACCUGGAUCGACAAACUUCUAGACAACGUGCGCGCCCUCUUCACCGGCCUGUACGGCGAGCAGCUCAAAAAAGAACACACGAGUGUGGUCAGCUGCGAAAAAUUCGCCCCCUAUUUUGAGCGACAGAUGCAGGAACUCGAGGGCCAAAGCGAUGCCUCCUCCUCCACCGCACCCAACGCGAAGCUUACCCCUCCGAGCACCGAUAAUGACAGUGCCGAAGAAAGUUCUCCAAAACAACCAAAUCUCCUGAAGCCACAACGGCCGCUAUAUGAUACGUCGGCCGACUCGACCCCCGUUCCCACCCCCGAUACAUCACGCCCAAACACACCUGGGCAGAGUCAUCUUUUGACAGGGAGACCGAAGCUGGGACAGAAAUUGUCGCGGCGCGAUAAGAAAAAGGCGGCUGGUCUAAAUUCCGCACCGGCAUCUUCUGGCGACGAAGCGGGAACAAAGCGCAAGGGGAAAGGUGCAGCGGCGAAAAAGAAUCGAGUCUGGGGAGAAUUUGGCGCUGACGAGGAAGACGACUCUGUGCUCGACUACUCACAGUCAGAUCUCAGAGAUGAUGCCUCCGCGAAUGAGGCGCUGGAGGAGAUCAAGCCCGAAACAUGGGGCCGCAAAACCAACAAGGGCCAGUUUGUGUUGAAAGAUCUGGACGAGGAAAUGGAUCAGAUAAUAGCAGAGCAGAAUGCGAAGAAGCAAUCCUCAACAGCAUCCGCCUCAGGCGGGCUUGUUGGUUCAAGUCUUGGUGCGAUAGGAGGCUUGUUCCGUAAUGUCGUGGGAGGUAAAACUCUCACCAAGGAAGACCUCGCCAAAUCACUGAAGGGCAUGGAGGAGCACCUUUUGAAGAAGAAUGUAGCACGGGAAGCUGCAGUACGGCUAUGCGAGAGCGUAGAGAGAGACCUUAUGGGCCUCAAAACAAGUUCAUUUACCACCGUUGAAUCCACCAUCCGUACCUCCAUGGAGAAAGCCCUAACCAAAAUGCUCACCCCGACCUCCUCCCUCGACCUCCUUCGUGAAAUACAAACAGUAAACGCCAGUGGCCGUCCUUAUGUUCUCUCCAUCGUCGGCGUCAACGGCGUUGGGAAAUCCACCAAUCUCUCUAAAAUCGCUUUCUUCCUCCUCCAAAACCACCACCGCGUGCUUGUAGCCGCAGCCGACACGUUCCGUUCAGGCGCGGUGGAGCAGCUGCGCGUACAUGUGCGCAAUCUCAAAGAGCUCAGCAAGCGUGAAGGUGGCGAAGUCGACCUCUUCGAAAAGGGCUACGGCAAAGACGCCGCCAACAUCGCCGCCGACGCCGUCGUCCACGCGUCCAAAUCAAACUUCAACGUCGUUCUCAUCGACACUGCGGGCCGUCGUCACAACGACCAGCGCCUCAUGUCAUCGCUUGAGAAGUUCGGGAAACUCGCUAAGCCCGACAAGAUUCUCAUGGUUGGCGAGGCGCUCGUUGGCUCGGAUUCGGUGGCCCAGGCACGCAACUUCAACGCUUCGUUUGGUCCAGGUAGGGGGUUGGAUGGCUUUGUCAUAAGUAAAUGCGAUACUGUGGGUGAUAUGGUGGGUACGCUUGUCAGCAUGGUGCAUGCGACGGGCAUCCCCGUUGUGUUCCUAGGAGUCGGGCAGCAUUACGCGGAUCUGAGGGGUUUGAACGUGGGCAAUGUUUGUAGGCUGUUGAUGAAUUAA